AUAUUUGCUGGAAAAGAACCAUUCCCAACCAUCUAUGUGGAUUCUCAGAAGGAAGGAGAGCGUUGGGCAGUGAUCUCCAAGACACAGAAGAAAAAUGUGAAAAAGUUAUUUGCUAGAGAGCAGAUGAAGAGCGACUCCAAAGACAAAAAGGAGGCAGAGGAUUCUGAGAGACGAGAGAAGAACCUGGACGGAGCUAAGAAAGUCACCAUUGAGAAUGACUCCAGCCUUCCAGAGCCCAAAACGGUUAAAAUCUAUCAGCUGGAGCCUCUCCGGGGGGAGAGAGUGAAGGUGUUUGGCUGGGUGCACCGAAUGAGAAAACAAGGAAAGAACCUGCUGUUCAUCGUGCUGAGAGAUGGAACUGGUUUCCUGCAGUGUGUUCUCAACGAUAAAUUGUGUCAGUGCUACAAUGCCUUGGUGCUGUCCACUGAAAGCACAGUGGCUCUGUAUGGGACAGUGAAAGAAGUACCAGAAGGAAAACAGGCCCCUGGAGGUCAUGAGCUGACCUGUGACUUCUGGGAGCUGGUGGGUCUGGCGCCGGCUGGAGGAGCUGACAACCUGCUGAAUGAGGAGUCCGAUGUGGACGUUCAGCUCAACAACAGACACAUGAUGAUCCGUGGGGAGAACGUGUCCAAGAUCCUCCGGGUCCGCUCCACUGUCACACAGUGCUUCAGGGACCACUUCUUCAACCGCGGAUACCAUGAGAUCACCCCACCCACCCUGGUGCAGACCCAGGUGGAGGGAGGUUCCACCUUGUUCAACCUGAACUACUUUGGGGAAGAGGCGUUCCUGACCCAGUCCUCUCAGCUCUACCUGGAGACCUGUAUCCCUGCCCUGGGAGACACCUUCUGUAUCGCUCAGUCCUACCGCGCUGAGCAGUCCCGCACCCGUAGGCACCUGUCUGAGUACACUCACAUAGAGGCAGAGUGCCCCUUCAUGACCUAUGAGGACCUACUGAGCAGGCUGGAGGAUCUGGUGUGUGAUGUGGUGGACAGAGUCCUGAAGUCUCCUGCUGCUUCUCUACUCUACCAAGUCAACCCUGACUUCAAGGCCCCCAAGAGGCCCUUCAAGAGGAUCAACUACUCUGAUGCCAUCAUCUGGCUGAAGGAGCAUGACAUCAAAAAGGAUGAUGGGACAUACUAUGAGUUCGGAGAGGACAUCCCAGAGGCCCCAGAGAGGCUGAUGACUGAUGCCAUCGGUGAGACCAUCCUGCUGUGUCGCUUCCCUGCUGAGAUCAAGUCCUUCUACAUGCAGCGCUGUCCUGAGGACCGACGCCUCACUGAGUCGGUGGAUGUGCUGAUGCCUAAUGUUGGAGAGAUAGUAGGAGGGUCUAUGAGGAUCUGGGAUGCUGAGGAACUGCUGGAGGGAUACAAGAGGGAAGGCAUUGACCCAACCCCUUACUACUGGUACACUGACCAGAGGAAGUAUGGGACCUGUCCCCAUGGUGGCUACGGGCUGGGCCUGGAGAGGUUCCUAACCUGGCUGCUGAACAGACACCACAUCAGAGACGUGUGUCUCUACCCUCGCUUCAUCCAGCGCUGCCGACCCUAAACUACCAACUACCCCGCCCCCUGCUGCCCUGGCCCUCUGUCUGCAGCUAGAUUGCACUGCAACAGACCCAAGGCUACGUCCUAAAAAUGGCAACUUAUUCUCGCUGUAUAGUGCACUUCUUUUGACCAGGGUUCAUAUUAAUCUGGUAAAAAAAGUAGUGCACUCCAUGGGUGCCAUUUGGGACGAAGCCUAUCAUCCUAUUACACAGCAGGAGACCAACUUACAACGCUUGAGAACCACAGACGAGAUCACCUAAUUAAUCAUCACUUAAUUAAUCAAAUACAAAUGUAUAGCAGAUGUUAUUACAGGUGUAGCGAAAUGCUUGUGUUUCUAACUUUUAACAGUGCAGUAAUAUCUAUCAAUUCACAACCUAAAAGUAAAAUAAUGGAAUUAAGAAAUAUAUCAAUUAGGAUGAGGAUUAUUUCAGGAUACGAGACACAGAUCUGCUAAUUUUAAGGGUUUGAAAUGUUAUGUUUUUUUUUGUUGACAACUUGCAAUUUAGCAAAUACAAUAUGUCUGCCAAUAAAUGUAUACCGUAUGUGCUACUAAGA